CUCCAUAUUUUUCAGAACAAGAUGAAAACUUAGACCUUACAUGAUCGUGCUUCCCCCGCCUUUUCAGCCCACUUCAGUCCCCACACAUUUUUGUGAUUCUGACCAGACUCCAAAGGCUGUGACGCUGCACCCCAGGUCUGUGUCUCAGCUGGAAAUGCUCCCGCUGCCUCUACCUGCCUCAGCACCUCCGCCUGGUCCUCCCUUCAUAUUCAUCUCUGCUCAAUGAUUCUGAAUGUUCUCGACUGAACCACAAAUAAAAUCAAAGAAGACUGCCUCUUUCUAAAGGGUUAUUUGGUCAAACUCCAGCAUGGCACAGAGAGCUGUGUGACGGAGUGAUUCCUAGGAAGAGAGACUAUUAGCAAUAAGAUGGCGGAGAAGUCUCAAGGAGACCAGGAAAAGAGCAGGAGAGACAUCCUGAGGUCCACCAAGAGGACAUGGGCUCCCCUGGAUGAGCAGCUGCCCCCUGGCUCUGAGGAGGAGAGCCACAGUCUCACCGCCCCCAUGCUGGUAGAAGAUUCCAAACAAGAAAGUAUUCAGCACUGGCUGGACUCUGGAUUCUUUGUCUCUGUAAAUGAAAACCUUCAGCCAGCCAUCGACCACAUCGUUCCUUUUCAUGAACAAGGAAUGGUUCAAAUGACUGUGAAAGACUACACGAGAUCUCUGCAUCAGUGUUUAGAAACUCCCACUCUCUCCAGAGGGACCAGUUUCAACUCUGGCCAUUCUGCUGCAAGUAUACCACAAAGCAUUCCUGAAUGGCUGGAAUUUUGGGAAAAAGAUCCAGUGGAGAUUCUCUUGGAUCUGGGGUUUGGUGCUGACGAGCCAGACAUCUACACACGAAUCCCAGCCAGAUUCCUGUGUUGUGACUCAGCAGCCAGAGGAAUCAACAUCCGUGUUUUCCUCGAAGCUCAAAAGCAGCGAAUGGACAUUGAGAACCCUGACUCGUACAGCUGUUUCUAACAGCUGGAAAUAUUGGAUCAUGUGGCCAGUGCUUUCUCAUCUUUGCUGAAUGAUGUCAACAUCCUGCAGAACAAAGCUAAAGAGGAAGAUGAAGGAAAAAGUGUGCAAAGAACCUCAGUGAGUGAAGCCAAAGAGCAUCGAAGAAGAAUGGGUGAACUUUUUAGGAUAGGUUCAGAGCAGAACACUAGAAGGGAUUAUAGCCUGGGAACAUCACAGUCAUUGAAGAUGAGAAACAAAUUUUCCAUCGUCUCUGCAGAAGCAGGGUGUGGAGCAGUUGCCAUGACAAACAAACACGACCAAAGUCAUUUGUCUCUUUCAGCAGAGCACUGGUCUCUUCAGGCCAGUGAUGACUUGACAGCUUGUCCUCCCCAAGCUCUUCUGAGCAAGCAGUGUCCUCACUCAUCCAUGCUGGCCAAGCAGGCUCCUCCUUCCUAUGUGUCUGAGGGGUUAGUCAAGGACAGAACUCAAAAGGAGAACUCACUUCAGACUAACAAACUCAAGAGCUUGUCUUGUCUUGCAGGCAAAGCACCAGACUCCUUCGAAAUGGAAGAGGUCCAGAGCUUUGAAGAAGAGGCUGGUAAUCCUCUCGACAUGACCUCAGGAACUGUAGUCAUAUUUUACUGGACCUCAGUUUUUCCGUCUGUAAUAAAGAGUUCAUGUACUUGUGGCCUCCCUGGGAUCCUAAGGAAGCCUGGAGAAGACAGAAGACAUCUGGCUCGCAGACCCUUAGGACUCAUAUGCCUUUUUGGGUCUGUGGUGAUGCACAUCACAGAAGUGAAGGAUGGGUUCCUGAGGCCUGAGCGAGCUGGGGCAGUAUAUGUACAAAGCCACCACUGUGAGUCUCAGAGAUCACCUGGAAUUGAUCGUGCUCAAGACAAGUCCUUUCAUGUUGACUCGGAGGCCCCAAGAGGAACAGAAGGCGGUAAACUCUGUCCUGAUAUUAACAACGCCUUACUGAUGCAAAAAAACUGUCCCACAAUGUUCUGCAAACUGGCAUCAGCUGCCCAGAGUGCUGUGGUCUUGGGAAUGGAUUCUAGAGAAGCAAGUUUAGAAUGCACUACGUGUGACCCUGUUACCACAGCAGAACCAGGACUGGGAACAGAAGCAAGACAGCUCAAUGAUGUUUCUGUUCAGACUUCAGCUCCAAGUAACAAGGCCCAGCCCCUCACCAAAUCUGUCUCUGCAGACACAUGUUUCCCUGGUAUCUACCCAGGGGGCCCCUGCCAAGCUGCGCCUGCCCACUGUGGUGUCUGCUGUCACCGCCAUCUCCCCUGACACGGGGCGAGGCAAAGCCCCAGCUUUGUGUCUUCAGCCUGUAGGCCCUAUUCGUACUCACAUAACCAUCUGGAAGACCAGUUCAGGAAGGCUUUGAAAGUCCUUCAGGACACCACAGUGAGGGAGCUGUAUUCUUGCACAGUCCCUGAGAUGGAAACAAUGAGGACGGUCUGCCAGAGUUUCCGGAAGCAUUUAGAAGAAAUUGAGCAGCACCUUAGAAAACAACAGGCACUCUUUUCCAGGGGCAUGUCAGAGGAGAAACUUGAGCUUCUCACAGGGAAACCACCUGAACACUUGCAUCAGUAUAAGUGGACCGAAGAAAAGAAUGGCCAGACUUCAUGUGCUAAGAUCCACCCCUCCAUGGCCCCUGGAGCUGCCUUUCCUCCCAGUGAUGGCCAGCGGGCUCCAUGCUGCAGUGUGACCCAUUUAGCUGCCUUUCCUCCAUCCACCUUCGGGAGAAGCACCAGGAUGUCUCCUCCAGCUUGGGCAGAAUCAGAUCCAGCCUCUCUGUCAAACUGUCCUGUUGGAGAAAAGGAUACAGAUGUCUUCCUCUAG